AUGUAUGAUUUACUACUACAGAAGCUAAAAGAAAGGGACGUUGUUGAGAAGAACUUCGCGGAGUUAUUUGAGGCAGCUCCAAUACAGAAUGCAAAGUCCGAUCAGGGGACUCAAAAUCAAUCAAAAUCAUUGAGAAAAGAACUAGAGUUUCGCGACAAGAAGAUUGAGGAGUUCAAUGCCACCCUAAAACUAAAGAACAAAGACGCUGAACGGCUGAAUGACGAAAUCAUCACGCUUAAUAUUGAAAACAACUUAUUACAAGACCAGUAUGAUAAAAUGAAAUCUGAGUAUGAUGGGAUUGUGAGCAGAUGGCUGAGAAAGACUCAGCAAGAGGCAGACACAAUGAAUGAGUCCUUUAAGUAA